AUGGCCACUGAUCUCACUGUCGCCGCAGGCGCAACUCUUGGCAUAACCUCGAACGAGCCCGCGGACCCAGUCCCUCUCGACACCAUUCCCAUCUCACCCAACGGAGCCGUGACGGAUGCCACCAACGGUGCCACCAAUGGCAAUCAUGACGACGACAAGAUCGUCACUGUCUUCGACGACCCAGCAAAUUUCAACGUCAAGCACCAGCUGCAGAAUCCCUGGACGCUCUGGUUCACCAAGCCACCAAGCGGGAAGCAGGACUGGAACGAGCUGUUGAAGGAGGUCAUCAGCUUCGACAGCGUUGAGGAAUUCUGGGGUAUCUACAACAACAUCACGCCUGCCUCGGAGCUUGCCCAAAAAUCCGACUACCAUCUCUUCAAGAAAGGCGUCCGUCCUGAAUGGGAAGAUCUGCAGAACAAGCAAGGUGGUCGCUGGGCCUACACCUUCAAAGGCGGCAAGAACGCCAACGACGACGUCUGGUUACAUAUCAUGCUAGCCGCAAUCGGCGAGACCCUCGAAGAAGAGAACGACAACGAGGUGAUGGGCGUCGUGGUCAACAUCCGCAAGGGCUUCUGGCGUGUGGGCUUGUGGACGAGGUCUGCGGGCCAGGCCCCUAAGAAGGGCGCAGCUGGUGCUAAUCAGGACACGGACAAGGCGGACAGCAAGAACAGGCUCGAGCGUAUCGGCAAGAGGUUCAAGGCUGUGCUGCAAUUGCCGGACAAUGAGCAGGUUGAGUUCAGCGGACAUGCUGACUCCGCUCACCAAGGUAGCAGCAGGGCCAAGGCUAAGUUCUCUGUUUGA